AUGGUGGGGGAACAAACUGGAGGAGGCCACUGGAGGCCACGGACCCGGCUGCUGCUGCUGCUUUGGUGUGACUGGAUUCGUAUCGAGCUUCGCAUCUUUCCUCUUUUUUUGACUGCUCUCCAGGAGCUCUUGCAGCAAAAGUUCCAGACGCCACUCAAUGAGCUGCUGAAGUACAGAGCCUGCCUGGAAAAUGGGGGUUGGAUCGCCCAGGUCACCGUCUCAGCUGAGAAGGACUUCACUCAAACGAGCCACCCCUGUCGGACGAAGAGGGAGGCUGAACAAGAGGCAGCCAAGUUGGCCUAUGGGCAUAUGCGGCAAUAUCUUGAAUGA